AUGGUUCCUGGACAGAGGGAAGCAAGGGCUCAGAUGUCGGUAACAUUCACGGAUAUAUCUGUGCUCUUUACACGGGCUGAGUGGAGAAAACUGGAUCAUUCUCAGAGGAACUUGUACCGAGAUGUGAUGCUGGAGAACUAUAGCAACCUGGUCUCUUUGGGACCUUCAUUUUCUAAGCCAAAAGUCAUCUCCCUGUUGCAACAAGGAGAAGAGCCCUGGAAGAUAGAGAAAGAAAAUACUGGCGGUUCCUCACUAGGUAACAAGAACAAUACAAAACCCACAAAGUCAACUCAGACACAAGAUUUAUCAUUUCGGGGACUGAUAAUAAAAAAGUCUGAAAGGAAUGAACGCAAGUACUUCAAAUCAGAAAACCCCUAUAUUUAUGAAGACACAUUAAAGAAACAACCUAAUAAAAAAGAAGAUUUUAAAAUUAUUUCAGUAACUCACAAAAAAAUCCUUACUAUAGAAAGAAUCCAUAAAAAUAUUGAGUUUGGCCAAAAUUUCAAUCUCAAGUCAGACAUUGUUACACAGGAAAUGUUAAUUAGGGAAAAGUUAUCCUUAAAAUGUGAAGCACAAGUAAAUAGUUUCAAAAAGCAUUCAAAGUUGCAUAAUCAACAAAAAAUCAGCACAACAGAAAAGCGAUAUAAAUGUAAUAUAUGUGAGAAAACUUUCACUAACAAUUCAUCUCUUCGUAAACAUCUGAAAAACCAUACUGGAGAGAAAUUAUUUAAAUGUAAAGAAUGCCUGAAAGCCUUCAGCCAGAGUUCAGCUCUUAUUCAGCAUCAAAUAACGCAUACUGGAGAGAAACCCUAUGUAUGUAAAGAAUGUGGGAAAGCCUUCACUCUAAGUACAUCCCUUUAUAAACAUGUGAGAACCCAUACUGUGGAGAAAAGCUAUAGGUGUAAAGAAUGUGGUAAAUCCUUCGGUCUAAGGUCAGGGCUUUUUAUACAUCAGAAAGUUCAUGCUCAAGAAAAUCCCUGUAAAUAUAACCCAGGUAGGAAAUCAUCCCUUCCUGGAUGUCAGAGAAUUCAUUCUAGAAAGAAAUCAUAUUUAUGUAAUGAAUGUGGAAAUACCUUUAAGUCUAGCUCAUCUCUUCGUUACCACCAGAGAAUUCACACUGGAGAGAAACCUUUUAAAUGUAGUGAAUGUGGAAGAGCCUUCAGUCAGAGUGCAUCUCUUAUACAACAUGAGAGAAUUCACACUGGAGAAAAACCUUACAGGUGUAAUGAAUGUGGAAAAGGCUUCACUUCAAUUUCACGACUUAAUAGGCAUCGGAUAAUUCAUACUGGUGAGAAAUUUUAUAAUUGUAGUGAAUGUGGUAAAGCUUUAAGUUCUCACUCAACACUUAUUAUUCAUGAGAGAAUUCAUACUGGUGAGAAACCGUGUAAAUGUAAAGUGUGUGGGAAAGCUUUCAGACAAAGUUCAGCUCUCAUUCAGCAUCAGAGAAUGCAUACUGGAGAAAGACCCUAUAAAUGUCAUGAAUGUGAGAAAACAUUCAGGUGUAACUCAUCCCUUAGUAAUCAUCAGAGAAUUCAUACUGGAGAAAAACCAUAUCGGUGUCAGGAAUGUGGAAUAUCUUUUGGCCAAAGUUCAGCUCUUAUUCAGCAUCGGAGAAUUCACACAGGUGAAAAACCAUUUGAAUGUAAUAUGUGUGGGAAAACUUUUAGGCAAAGCUCAUCCCGUAUUGCCCAUCAGAGGAUUCAUACUGGAGAGAAACCCUAUGAAUGUAAUACAUGUGGGAAACUCUUCAAUCACAGAUCAUCCCUUACUAAUCAUUAUAAAAUUCAUAUUGAGGAGAACCCAUAG